AUGGAGUUUAUCAGACAGUGUUGGACUACACCAGUUUUUGGGCCUCCCCUUUAUAUUCUUUCCCUAAAAUUGAAGUUGCUUCGUUCCGAUCUUCGCUCUUGGAAUAAAUCAGUAUUUGGUAAUAUUCACCAAAAUGCCAGGAAUGCAGAAGAUGGGGUGAGUAGUGAGGAAACUGAAUUUGAUCAAAAUCCUAACGAAGUGACUCGUGAGGUGCUGGCAGAGGCGAGAAAUGCUCUUAAGGAUAUUCUUUUGCAAGAAGAAAUUUUCUGGAAGCAAAAAUCCAGAAUUCGAUGGCUCAAAGAGAGGGAAAGAAAUACUAAAUUUUUUCAUGCCAUGGUGAAUGUUCGUCGGACAAAAAAAAAAGGCGUGGAAAAAAUAAAAGAUGGCAAAGGUAGUUGGAUUUCAGGGGAAGUAGGAGUGUCAACGGAGGCUAUUAGAUAUUUCUCUGAAAUAUUCUCUUUGCAAAGCAUCCAGACAGAUGAAGACUUGUUACAUAUGAUCCCUCGUUUGGUUACAGAUGUAGAAAAUUCUUUUCCGAUGAUUUCUCCGUCUUUGGAGGACGUCAAGAAGGCGGUCUUUGAAUUGUCCAGGGAUAGUGCUCCUAGUUCUGAAGGUUUCUCAGGAUAUUCUCCACCGAUUGUUGGGAAAUUAUUGGCAAUGAUGUGUGGGAAGCAGUCAAGGAUUAUUUUGCUGGUGGUUUCUUGCCUAGGAGUUACACGUCUGUUCACCUGGUGCUCAUUCCUAAAAAAGAAACCCUGA